UAUUUGACUUGUGUGUAUGGCAGUGUAAGCAAUUUGGCUUGCACGCAGCAUCAGUACUAAAAGCGAGCGUCGCUUGCUCUCUCGUAACGUAGAGCGUGAUAAUUUCCAUCGCUAACUUGCCCACGCGUGAGCACAGGGCAUCAGAGUCAGAGAGAGCAAACCCAGUCAGACACACGAACUCUCACCGGAAAGCGAUUAUGACUGUCAAAACCCUCAUCCUGCUCGCACUGAGCGUUUCGGCGCAGCGCAGCCGACUCGACGUGCAUACGGAGAACGACAACGACACGCGGUCGGACCGCUACCUGAACGUCUACGGUGCGCCGCUGAAGAAGUGUAGCGGCCCGGGCAUGGCGUUGACUGGGUUCACGCGCGAAGGCACGUGCACUGACCGCGUCGACGACGCGGGCUCGCACCACAUAUGCAUAGAGAUGGAUAGCGUCGACGGCGGCAACUUCUGCGAGGUGACGGGCCAGCCGAACUGGUGCGACGAUUACAUGCAGUGCGACGGCAAGCGAGGACUCUGUCCGGUGCAGCAUUGGUGCGUCUGCGAGUGGGCGUUCGCCUCCUACAUCACGCGGGCCGGCGGAUGCGACAAAAUCCAAUCCAUCGACUGCGAGACGACGAACCGCUGGGCAUACCUCCACUACAAGCAGAAGGGUGCGAGCGAGGCGCUCGCGUGCCUCGAGAGCCGCUGCGGCCUCGGGGGCACGUCGUACUGAUUUGUGUGUAAAAACCUGUAUACAACAUCCGAGUCGUUCAAACUCAGAAAAAGGCUUAGCAAGAGGAAAAAGGGUGGAAUUGGAAUUGAGAACAUUGGACAGUGGCCCGCCGCGCGGCGGGCGGGUAGAAG